AGAAUCCAACAAAGUGGACCAAGAAUAAGAUCCUGUCGUGGCGCAGCACCGAGGACAAGGUUCUGGAGCCAGUGUGGGUCUGCCUGAGCACAGCUGCUGCUGACGCACCACCGCUGAAACCGGAGAGUCUCUCCAGACGAAACACAAAUGGAUUCCGAGUACGUGAAGAAACAUUUGGGCCAAUGUUUGGCUGAAGGACUGUCUGAAGUGGUCGAGCAGCGUCCCAUGGACCCCAUCCAGUUUUUAGCCCACUGGCUGUACAAAUACAACGCCAACGUUGAAUAUGAAGCCAAGAAACAAGCCCGGUUGGCACUUGUGGAGCAGGAGCGAGCCAGAGCUGCACAGGGGUCGCAGCCCCAGGAGGAGCCUGCUGCAAAAGAGCAGCCGGCAGAGGAACCACUCCCUGCAACAGUGGCCUCAGAACCUGGUGACACCGCAGGAGCCACUUCAGUGCCCGUCGAGAACCCUGAGAAGGAAGCCGACCGCCCUGAGCUGGCAGAGAGCCAGCAGGUCACGGACCAGCAGGUCACGGACCAGCAGGUUACGGACCAACAGGUGACGGACCAGCAGGACACGAACAAGCUAGACACGGAUCAACUGGAGACGGACAAGCUGGACACUGACCAGCUGGACACUGACCAGCAGGAUACGGACCAGCAGGAUACGGACCAGCAAGACACGGACCAGCAGGACACGGAAAAUGAGGUGAAGAUGACAGAAUCCUCUGUCUCUCUGCUGUCUGGGGACCAACUGAGCCCCGCCGACGUGAACAUAGUGAAGACCGAAGUGGAGAAACGCCAGCAGGAGGGACAGGGUGGAGUAGAAGAUGAGAAGGAGCCCGGCCCAGCUGAAAGUGCUGAGCCGGCUCGCAAUGAAGGCUCCGCCCCCAGCCACAUAGAGCUUGAGGAAGACCAAGGCCAGGAGCGACCAGACCAAACCAGUCAUGGCGCCCCCGUAAGCCAACACGCAGAGAAGAAGGGCCAGGAGGACCAGCGCGCCGUGUCCUCAGAGUCCGACUCAGCGCGGAUGCAGUCCCCUCAAGCCGGGUCCUUCCAGAUGGAAUCAACACAAGCAGAUUCUGUGCGAGCUGAGUCUAUGCAGCUGGAGUCCUCUCAACCUAAGUUUGCACUGGUGGAGACCACACAAGCGGAGUCUGGCCAGCGGGAGUCCAAGCUGGAUGGGUCUAAGUCCGCACAGUUCAAGUCUUUGCAGGUGGAGUCCAAGCCAGACGAUUCCUUCCAACUUGAGCCUGCACAGGUGGAGUCUGCACAGGCUGAGUUUAAUCACGCUGAGGCAGCCCUGGUCGAAUUCACACAGGUUGAGGCCUCUCAGCCUGAAUCUGUGCAGGUGGAGUCCAUGUUGGACAACUCCACAAUAGCCAAGUCUACACGGGCUGAGUUUAAUCAUGCUGAGACCUCUCAGCACAAGUCUGUAAAGGUGGACACCAUGCUGGAAGGGUCUGAGUCCACACAGCUCAAAUCCGAACAGGUGGAGUCCUCUCUUGCCGAGUCUGCCCAAGUUGAAUCCACACAGGUUGAGACCUCCCAACCUAAGUCUGCACAGGUGGAGUCCACAAACACUGAGUCCUCCCUAGCUGAGCCAGCCGAGCUUGAAUACACACAGGUUGAGGCCUCUCAGCACAAAUCUGCAAAGGUGGAGUCCAUGCUGGAUGGGUCUGAGUCCACAGAGCUCAAAGCUGAACAGGUGGAGCCCUCUCUAGCUGAGUCUGUAAAGGUGGAGUCCAUGCUGGAUGGGUCUGAGUCCAUACAGCUGAAAUCUGAACAAGUGGAGUUGUCUCUAGCUGAGUCUGCUCAAGUUGAAUCCACACAGUUUGAGACCUCCCAACCUAAGUCUGCACAGGUGGAGUCCACAAACACUAAGUCCUCCCUAGCUGAGCCAGCCCAGCUUGAAUACACACAGGUUGAGGCCUCUCAGCACAAAUCUGCAAAGGUGGAGUCUAUGCUGGAUGGAUCUGAGUCCACAAAGCUCAAAUCUGAACAGGUGGAGUCCUCUCUAGCUGAGUCUGUAAAGGUGGAGUCCAUGCUGGAUGGGUCUGAGUCCAUACAGCUGAAAUCUGAACAAGUGGAGUCGUCUCUAGCUGAGUCUGGUCAAGUUAAAUCCAUACAGGUCGAGACCUCCCAACCUAAGUCUGCACAGGUGGAGUCCCUAAACACUGAGUCCUCCCUAGCUGAGCCAGCCCAGCUUGAGUCCAUGCAAAAUGCCAGCUCCCAACCCAAGUGCGCACAGGUGGAGUCCAUAAAGGCCGAGUUAUCCCUAGCUGAGGCUUCCCAGAUCGGAUCCACACCGGUUGAGGCCUCUCAGCACAAAUCUGCAAAAGUGGAGUCCGUGCUAGAUGGGUCUGAGUCCAUUGAGCUCAAAUCUGAACAAGUGGAGUCCUCUCUAGCUGAGUCUGCCCAAGUUGAAUCCACACAGGUUGAGACCUCCCAACCUAAGUCUGCACAUGUGGAGUCCCCAAACACUGAGUCCUCCCUAACUGAGCCAGUCCAGCUCGAGUCCAUGCAGAAUGCCACCUCCCAACCAGAGUGCACACAGUUGGGGUCCAUAGAAUCAGAGUUAUCUCAAGCUGAGGGCUCCCAGAUUGAAUCCACACAGGUUGAGACUUCUCUGCCCAAGCUUGCGCAGGUGGAGUCCACUAAUGCCGAGUCUUCACAGACCGGGUCCACUCAAGCUCCUCAGAUCGAAUCUUCACAGCUUGAGUCUGCGCGAAUGGUGUCCACACCACACGAGUCUAAACAAACUGGGUCUGCGCAGUGGAAGUCCACAAUGGAUGGGUCUGUGUCCACACAGCCCAAGUCUGCACAGGUGGAGUCCUCUCUGACUGAGCUAGUCUACGUCGAAUCCUUCUUCAAACCCGAGUGCACCAAAUCUAAGUCUGUGCGAAUCGAGUCCAGACAAGCAGACUCUGUUCAGGCUGAAUCUCCGCAGGGGGAGCCUACACAGUCUAAGAUCAUGCAGGACGAGUCCUCUGCGUCUGGUCAAGCAGAUACCCUACAGGCCAUGUCCUCGCAGGCUGAGGGCACUAAGGUCCUUCCUGGUGAAAAGCUCCUAUCACAAACAGCAAAAACUGAAGAGACACCCAGUCCGAGCUCCCCUCUUCGUCUUCAAGACCAGGAAGAAGUUUCUGAUCUCACCCAGGAAGAAGAUGGAGGAUGAGCGUCUACUCAGCACUUCCAACAUUCUCAUCACAUGUUGGCAAAGGUUGACAACAUGUUUGUGUACGAUUGUGUUCCUUUUUUCCACACAACAUCGCACUUCAAACACUUCAGUACAUCGUAGAGGCCACCAUAAAUGCAAACUCACAACACAACUUUACAUCACAACACAACAACUUUGCGCCACAACACAACAACUUUACGUCACAACACAACAACUUUAUGUCACAACACAACAACUUUACAUCACAACACAACUUUACACCACAACACAACAACUUUACGUCAAAACACAACAACUUUACAACACAACAACUUUACAUCACAACACAACACCUUAACGUCACAACACAACUUUACACCACACCACAACAUAACAACUUUACACCACAACACAACAACUUUACACCACAACACAACAACUUUACGUCACAACACCACAAAUUUACGUCACAACACAACAACUUUACACCACAACACAACAACUUUGCAUCACAACACUUUACAUCAAAACACCACAACUUUACGUCACAACACAACAACUUUACGUAACAACACAACAACUUUACAUCACAACACAACUUUACGUCCCAACACAACAACUUUACGUCCCAACACAACAACUUUACACCACAACACAACGACUUUACACCACAACACAACGACUUUACAUCACAACACAACAAAUGAACGUCACAACACAACUUUACACCACAACACAAUAACUUUACACCACAACACAACAACUUUACAUCACAACACAACAACUUUACAUCACAACACAACUUUACAUCACAACACAACAACUUUACGUCACAACACAACAACUUUACGUCACAACACAACAACCUUACAUCACAACACAACUACUUUACGUCACAACACAACAACUUUACGUAACAACACAACAACUUUACGUCACAACACAACAACUUUACAUCACAACACAACUUUAUGUCAAAACACAACUUUAGGUCACAACAACUUUACAUCACAACAUAACGUUAGAUUACAACACAACGACUUUACAUCACAACACAACUUUACGUACCAACACAACAACUUUGCAUCACAACACAACUUUACGUCACAACACAACAACCUUAUGUCACAACACAACAACUUUACAUGACAACAUAUCAUUAGGUCACAACACAACAAAUUUACAUCACAACACAACAACUUUACAUCACAACACAACAACUUUACAUUACAAUACAACUUUAGGUCACAACACAACAACUUUACAUGACAACAUAACAUUAGGUCACAACACAACACAUUUACAUCCCAACACAACACCUUUACAUUACAACACAACUUUAGGUCACAACACUACAACUUUACAUGACAACAUAACAUUAGAUCACAACACAACACAUUUACACCACAACACAACAACUUUACGUCACAACACAACUUUACAUCACAACACAACUUUACAUCACAACACAACAACUUCACAUCACAACACAACAACUUUACAUGACAACACAACACCUUAACGUCACAACACAACUUUACAUCACAACACAACUUUACAUCACAACACAACAACUUUACAUUACAACACAACUUUAGGUCACAACACAACAACUUUACAUGACAACAUAACAUUAGGUCACAACACAACACAUUUACAUCACAACACAACAACUUUACAUCACAACACAAC